CGCGUCGACCAUGAAAGCCGACAAAAAGCUCGGCAACGUUCUCGCAUCGUGGACCUGGCGACCUACCCGGACCUCCUCGUACUCGGAGCUUUAUCGUCGUAGAUUCGACAUCUCGAGGUACUCGCAGCACAUCCGGUCUCCCGAGGGUUCCACCCUGUCGAUUUGUGGCGACAGCCAGCUCGAGGAGCUUAGCUUGGACGAGGAUCGCUCGUCCCUUCCGGCCACCUCGAGGGACGACAGCAGUGAACUCAGCUUCUAUCGUCGCUUUAUCGAAGGUCACGCUGAAUUUGCGACACGCACCGCGCUCUCUUGCGUGCUGGCAUCGGAUCCGAGACUUGCAAAUAAUACCGUUUUCCCUGGAGUGUCGAGGGCAGCCGGCGAGCGCUGUAUCGCGGACGGAAAACCAAAGGGACCGACGUACCGUCCGUACACCAUCGAGGAGUACAGGAGUCUGUCGGUGUCGAGGCCUGAUCGAUCUCUGGGUCCUAAUAAGGACGAGGUGCAAAUGAAGGUGCGUACCUAUGUGAGAAAGGAAUUUCGUAGAACGUAAGGAUUGUGAUUUAUUGUUUUUCCUUUAAGAUCUAGAUAUCGAUCUUGUUCGAAUAUUUUCUUCUAUAAAAUAAUUUCAAAAAACAUUGUGAUAAAGAGUUUUGUG